AUGCCCGAGUCCGACUCGACACUGAACUUGGGUUAUGGUCUGAUAGGUGCAUUCGCCUUCGUUUUUAUCGGCUCUGCGCUACUCACAGCUUGCAAGAUGGUGAAACUUCCUACCGACGAUCUCGGCGAGUCUUCAGCUGUCACACUCAUGGGAAAUGAUGUGGAAACCCUGAUUGAGAAACUCCACAUGCUCUUGGUUGAAUCCUGGGCGAAUACUCUCACUGUUGGUAUUGCCAUGUACCUGCUGGCAGCACAGCUUGGUGCUGUUUGUGUUGCUCCUAUUGUCACAGCAAUCAUCUCCCUCCUCCUUACGGGUUCUAUUGGAAAGAUGAUGGUCGCUCGCCAGAUCAAAUAUCAGAAGGCCACUCAGGACCGCAUCAAUCUUACUUCUGAGGUUCUCGGCUCAAUGAAACCAGUCAAGAUGCUUGGACUGUCGGAAAGAUUCAGCAGCCUCAUUUCUCAGAAACGAGAUGAAGAGAUCAAAGCCAGUAAACAUUACCGCGUGAUCAAUGUCUAUCUGAACUGUAUCAGGAUGACUGAAGCGAUCACUUUCGGCGCAUAUGCCCUUGCAGCAAAGUUCGGAAACGGCGAACCAUUCUCUGCGGCCCAAGCUAUCACAGCAUUAUCUAUCUUGGGUGUCAUGAUGGACCCUCUAUCGCAUCUUCUUGGAAGUAUCCCAGGAUCUUUCUCAGUCUUUGGAUGCUUCAGAAGAAUGGAGGAUUUCCUCAAUUUGGAAGAGAGAAUUGAUCGCCGUCAAGUCAAUGGCCGCUCUAAAAAUACAUCUAGAUCAUCUACGGAGAGCUCGCAACCCUUCCAAGAAACUAUCGAGGCGACUCCGUUAAAAGCCAUUCCGGUCGGAGCUGAUGGAACUCAAAUCAUCAUAGAGGAUGGUAACUUUCACUGGGGCGAGAAGGCUGUUCUUCAAGACAUCAACACAACUUUCCCCAGUCACAAGAAUGGAUCACUUACCAUGCUAGUCGGUCCAGUCGGUUCCGGUAAAUCGAGUCUGCUGAAGGCUAUUCUGGGUGAAACAACGUCUUCUAUGGGUAAUGUGUCUCUGAAUACAUCAGAAGUUGCAUUUUGCGACCAGACUCCCUGGGUCAUGAAUGCGACCAUCCGUGCCAAUAUCAUCGCAGAAUCCAAGGGAUACGACAGCGCCUGGUUUGAGACAGUCAUUAAUGCCUGCGACCUGACAAUCGACUUGGGACGGCUUCCUGAGGGAGACCUUACCCAGGUUGGCGAGCAAGGAGUCAAGUUGAGCGGUGGACAGAAGCAACGAAUUGCUAUAGCUCGUUCCCUAUACUCUCGGAAACCUGUGGCCAUCUUUGAUGAUGUGUUUAGUGGACUCGAUAAGGUGACUGAGCAGAUCAUCUUUACCCGUGUCUUUGGAAAAGAUGGUCUUCUUCGAAAGAACGGUACUACUGUUAUUUUGGCUACGCAUGCAGUGAACAGGCUCCCCGAGUCCGACUUUGUUGUCGUCCUUGAAAAGGGCGGGAGACUUGUUGAGCAAGGAACUUACCAUGAGCUGCGAUCCGGGAAUGGUUAUAUACAUGAACUUGACAUUUCGAGCCACGAUGAUCACGAUGACCAACCUUCUACCGAAACCAAAACUGCAGAGGAGAGUGACAAGACCGACAGCAAGGACGCAAUUUACGAUGAGCCGAGUGAAGUACCGAGUGAUCGAAGCGUGUUUAUGUACUACUUCAAGGCCAAUGGAAUACACAACAUGCUCACUCAGAUACUUCUCAUCGCCAGUGCAGGGGUUAUCACAUCCUUUCGAUAUGUUUGGGUUACUUGGUGGGGUGAUGGAAAGGGCCGUGACAGCAGAGAUAUUGGCUACUGGCUCAGCAUAUAUACCGUCCUAUCUGCUUUUGAGGGCAUUCUUAUUACGCUUGCCAUUGCAAUGUUCCUUUUGGUUUGCGCACCCGUCAGUGGGAAACUGCUUCAUUCACGACUAUUGAACGCUGCCAUGGGCGCUCCUCUAUCCUUCCUUCACAACAGCGCGGCGGGGUCUUUGAUCAACAGGUUCAGUCAAGAUUUGCGACAUGUUGACAUUAUCCUCCCUAUGUCCUUUUCCAUCUUCCUCUUCGAGGUUGCUGCAUGCUUCGGUGCUGCUGGUCUUGCUAUGGCAGCUGUCAGCUGGUUUGCCAUCUCGAUUCCAUUUGUGGUCGUUGUGCUUGUCCUCAUCCAGCGUUUCUAUGUCCGAACAUCCAAACAGCUCCGUCUUCUGGAAAUCGAACAUAAGGCGCCGCUGUUCUCACAUUUCCUUGAGACCAUUGACGGACUCGCCACAAUUCGAGCUUUUGGUUGGAUUCAGCCGUAUACCGACAAGGCUCUGAGUCGAAUUGAUGAUGCCCAGAAGCCAGCGUAUCUUCUCAACUGUAUUCAGCGAUGGCUGACUCUGGUGCUCGAUAUGGUGGUAGCAUUCUUGACGAUAAUCCUUGUUGUUUUUGCUGUAACCCUACGUGAGAAGAUUGACCCCUCGCUAUUGGGUAUCGCACUGGUCAAUAUGAUGCGACUUGGUACCAACAUGAAGGGCAUCAUUUUGAAUUGGUCCCUUCUUGAGACAUCACUGGGCGCUAUUGCGCGUAUUCGCAUGUUCUGCUCUUCUGCGCCAAACGAGCAAAAGCCAAACGAGGACAAUGAACCGGUGGAAUUGUGGCCUAGUCAAGGUAGCCUUGAAGUCAAGGAUCUGGAUGUUCAGUAUGAGCAAACUACCGAGCCUGUCCUACGUGGGCUUUCGUUCAGCAUUAAACCCGGCCAAAAGCUUGGUCUUUGCGGUCGAAGUGGAAGCGGGAAGAGUUCUUUUGUCCAAGCCCUUCUUCACAUGGCAGAGAUCGCCAACGGACAGAUUACUCUUGAUGGGCAAGAUAUCUCGAGAGUUCCUAGAUAUUUGAUCCGUCAACGUUUAAGCUGCCUGACGCAGGAUCCAUUUGUCUUUGGCGAUACCAUCCGGGCCAAUCUUGACCCAUGCAAUACGGCGUCAGAUGAUGAGAUCAGAAGCGCCCUCGAGCGAGUUGGCAUCUGGUCUGUCAUCGAAGCCAAGAUCGACGACAAUAAGGAUCCUCUUGAUGAGAAGAUGGACGAGAACUUUUUGUCCCAUGGUCAGCGCCAGCUUUUCUGUCUUGCAAGAGCGUUGUUGAAGAGAAGUUCACUGCUCAUUCUUGAUGAGCCGACAAGCAGCGUCGAUACACAAACAGACGUAAGGAUGCAAGAGGUCAUCCGUACCGAGUUCUCGGAUUGCACGAUUAUCAUGAUCGCCCAUCGCAUUGAUACACUGCUCGACUUUGACAAAGUUGCCGUGUUGGACAAGGGUUCUUUGGUUGAGUUUGGAGCCCCUCAGGAGUUGCUGAAGGAUGAGGCUGGUGCAUUUGCCAGAUUGUAUCGGGCGAAUAAGGGGAGGAAGACUGAGAAGCAGUGA